AUGCCAGCCGAUAGCCAGCCCCGAAGGGCCUGCGACCGUUGCCACAACAUCAAAGAACGCUGCCAGUGGUCUCCAGACUCGGACGUCUGUCAACGAUGCCUUCGCUUGGGCCACGACUGCCAGACACUCCGUCCAGUUCAAAGGCUCGGCAGGAAGCCACGCUCUCAGGCGUUGAGGACCCUUCCACUUCAUGGCGCUCCACAACCUCCGCUCGGCUAUGGCGACGCCCCUUUGGACGCUCGUUCUUUCACUGAGCGGUCAGAUUCUGCAAGCCAUGCUAGUCACGCCUCGCCAGCUGAAUCAGCUGAUAGUCCGCGGACCAGAGACCUCACGAAGGCCUUCGCUGAUAUGACCGGCCUCAGUGACGCAGAAAGGGAGCUUUGCUCUGUCUGCUUCGCCAAAAGCGACGCCGCCGGCCAAUUUACCUUGGGACCGAGCUUUCAUUUCACCCAUCGCGCCGACCUGACUUAUAGGCUCAGCUCAGCCGUCCCCGAGCUAAAAGACGCUUUCGUGGCUUGUGCUGUCAUCAUGGCCCGCCAUCAGAAUCUUGCUGUCUCUCAGAAAGCGGUCGAGCUUUGUGCGCGUAAGGCUGCGGUCGGUAUUGCCUCGCUGCGUAUGUUGCAGGUCAGAAAGCGAGAAGACGUGAGUGUCUGUCUCGUUCUCGGCAUGGUUAUCGUCACGUACAGCCUUUUCAUGGCCACAGGUGAGGGUCGAGCCAUCUGCGCCUCGGCUCUUACCCAUGUCAGGCCCUGGUAUCGAUCUCCCAAUGUCCAUUUCGAAAUAGACGAGUACGCAUAUCUCAUCUGCUUGAUGUACACCGAGAUGAUUGAAUGCAUCCUUGAGUCCGAUGUCCCAACCCUCAGGUACGGAGAUUUUGGCAAACAUGUUACCUGGGUCGACAGGUAUAUGGGCCUCUCACCUCCAGUGCUGACGUUUUUUUACGAUCUCUGUCAGCUCGGCAACUCUCUGCGCAACACUCGAAAUACUGAAGACGAGGCAACGCAACGGCGAAUGCAUGAAAUUGAGUCGAGCAUCAAACGAUGGAUGCCAUUGACGCCGGCCGGCUUCCCAGACCGCUAUACUCAUAUCGAGGUGCUUCAAAUCAUGACUCAGAUCAAGUCUCUGAGGCAAGCUGCCUUGCUGGUCUUGCAUCGCUUGCGCUUUCCGUAUGGUGUUCAAGAUGAGAAAGGUCUCGCUUUAUCAGACUCCAUCCUUCUGGAAUGUGGCCUGGCCAUGCAGCAUAUCCCAGGGGUCCCAAUGGGUAUGGAUAUCGCCUUUGUCAUUGCUUGCUUCGAGCCAAAGGAAGAAUGGCAUCAGCAAGAAACCCUGACCCAAGUUGCCGAUUAUUUGAAGUUUUCUGAUGCUUUCCACGAAAAGAUUAGAGCCAUGUUGCAGCAGAUUUGGAGAGCGAAAAUCGUUCGACGCGAUAUCUACUGGUUCGACAUUCCAUCUUUCCUCUCAUAA